AUGAAUGCCCCAUUCAAGGUAAAGGCUCAGGCGAAAGCCAAGGGCGAGAAGAUCAAGGCCAGCAAGAAGAACCAUGACGGGAAAAAGAAGUCCCGGAAGGCUGCUGCCGCCGCAGGCAAAACCAAGGGCGACGGUGGUGGGGCUGUUCAACAACCAGAGGCCGACAAGAUCGUGCACGAGCCAGAGCCUGCCGGCGAGGAUGACCACGCCUUCUUCGACGACGAGGACAACGCCGACUACGCCAACUUCAUGCUCUCACUGGACCCUUCCGGGCUGACCACGUUCAGCAAGAGCGUCAAGGACGGCGUGGCGGUGCCGCCGACCUCCAAGAAAAAGUCGAAACAACGCAAGUCUGAAGCGCCCGCGGCAGCGACUGAAGCACCCGGCAACGCCUCCGCUACUGCCGUAGUCGACGACGCAACGCCUGCAGCAGAAGCAAUCAAAACACCGCCGACGCCUUCAAAGCCAGGAAAGAAAGAGGCCGUGGUCGACGCCAAGCGUCGGAAAGCGUCCACAACGGGGUGGACGGUAGAGGACAGUGGACCGGAGCGGCUCCCGAUCAAGACGCGGCGAGGACUGCUCAAACCGAACGAGCGAAUGAAGCAGUCCGAGGCUAGCACCCAAGACAAGCAAAGCAAGGAAGCUCGGAAGGCGGUGGCUGCUGGUAACAGCAAGGACGGAGGAGAUGAAAACAAUUCAGCGGCGGCGGGAGGGGCGGAGGAGACCAGCAACGGGAAGCAAGACAUCACCGGCAGCGGCGACGCCAUGUCCGACAGCGAUGACUCCGUGUACGAUUCCGGGGACAACUCCGAGUUGGAGGACUACCCCAUGGCCGAGUUCAAUGACGGUAGUAGUGCUGGCGAGAGGAGCGUUGCUAGAGUGACCACUGGAAGUAAGGUGGACCUAGCCGUGCUCAGACAGAGGCGGUUUGAGCAGAAGAAAGCGUUGAUGGGCGAGCUUUGCGAGAGCAUUCUGGGGGCGCCAGAGGAGUCGCUCGUGCGUCCCAAGACCGUCGUCAAGGGCGAGGACGAGCGUUCCAGGAUAGAGCAGCUCUUUGCACUUGUGGAGGACGACGACCAUCGCGUCUGCCACCUGGCACUGUUGUCUCAGUACGCGGUGUUCAAGGACAUCAUCCCGGGAUACAGAAUCCGCGUCCCGACCGCGGCCGAAAUGGCGACAAAGGUCUCCAAGGAGGUGCACCGCGUGAGGGCGCAGGAAGCAGCCCUGCUCCGGGCGUACCAGGGAUACCUCAAGGCUCUCGAGGCAGCGGUGCAAGCGGCCGUGUCGCCAAAGGGCGGGGGCGCCUCCACCUCCGCCGCGCGCGCUCUGGCUUCAGCGGCGAUCCGGUGCAUGUGUGGCCUCCUCUCGGCCCACCCGCACUUCAACUUCAGGUCCAACCUUGUGCGGACGGUGGUGGCGGGCACGAAUCACAAGCUGGCGGAGGUUCGCGAGGCCUGCUGCAAGUGCCUCGGGGGCGUUUUCGAGCAAGACACGCAGGGGGAGGUGUCCUUGGAGAUAGCCAAGGCCGUCGCGAAGUUCAUCAAGGAGCGGAAGUACCAUGUGUCAGAGGGCACGUUGAAGUGCCUCUCGGCGCUGCCCUUGCGCGUUCGGGAGGACGAGCGGGCGCGGGCGAAGGCUCGCGUCAAAAGCAAGAACAGGAAGCGGCGCAGGGAGGGGAGCGUGGAGGCCGGCCUAAUGGAGGCCGACGCUAGCGUGGACGACGAUGUCCGCGCCAAGUGCCAGGCUGACGCUCUGCACGAGGUCAUGCUGACCUAUUUCCGUGUCCUGAAGCGCCGGCCGCCACCACCGGCCCUCUUCCCGGCUGUGAUGGAGGGCCUUGCCAAGUUCGUCCACCUGGUGAACUUGGACACUGUGCAAGAUCUACUGGAUCUCCUCAAAGACCUUCUCACAGAGGAGGAAGGCGAGGAGGAACUGCCCCUCGAGGCCGCCCUUCACUGCGUCCUCGCCGCGUUCCGAGCCCUCCAAGGCCCCGGUCGCGAGCUUCAGACGGACGAGGCCGCCUUCGUGAGCGCGUUAUACCGGCGCUUGCCCGACCUCUUGCGGCCGGAGAACGGGGACGCUAGCGGGAGGAAGACGGUGCUCUGCGUGGCGCUGGUCUAUGACUGCCUGGACGCGGCAUUGGGGAAGAGGCGGGAGCUGUCGACUGCCCGCGUCGCCGCGAUGAUCAAGCGCUUGCUGUCGAUCUCGCUGCAGUUGACUCAGUCUGCCAACCCGGCAUGGGGCCUAGGCGCCGGCGGCCUUCUCCGCGGCGCGCACCGCCUCCUCCUCCGGUACCCGGCAGCGCAGCAGCUCCUGGAGAACGAGCAGGACAGGCCUGGCUCGGGCCCGUUCCGACCGGACCUCACGAACCCCGAGCACGCCAACGCGCUCUCGUCCGCGGCCUGGGAACUGUCUCUGCUGCGGAACAGCUGCGAGCCGGCGAUUGCGGCGGUGGCGGCCGAUAUCGUAGCGCUCGGGUCUCAGGACGCCGCUUCCGGGCUGGCAGCGCUAUACGAACGCGGCAGGGAAGCGCGAGAGGCCGGGGCGGGUCAGGGGAACCUGGGUGCGGUUUUUGCCGGGGUUCCGCUCCCGGAGGGGCGGGCGGUUGCCAUGGGGAAGGCCAGCCUGCUGGAUGCGCCUGCUGCUGCGGGGGGUGCCGUGGCUGCCGGGAAUCAGAAGAAGGGGGCCAAGGGGCAGCAGCAGCAGAGUAAACGGGCGGUGCCCAAGGAUGGGGUAGAUAUCAGGUCCCCGUUGUUGUUGCGGUUGGCGAGGGCGAGUAAUAGUUGAAGCGGUGUCGGGGAGGCAGGACGGGGUCUUGUACGGGGUUGGCAGUGAAUGGCUGAAGUUGAGCCAUGGCUCUGGGACAAGACAGGGUGGUCCGCGAGGAAUUGUUGUGAUGUUGGAGAACGUGUAUUCCAGCAACGGUUAGCGGUUAGGUUUUUCAAGUUGUGCAAGUUGAAUAUUGUACCUGCGGCUUUGGUAAGCACACGCUCCCAUGUCCUCAUUUUGAUGCUCCUCGCCAUGCUCUGACGUAUCUACGUACCAAAGAAAAUACGAGAGCAAGGAGAUUGGGACAAUGCAAGAGCCCAGAAUGGCACCGUGACCUCGUGCGAAAUAUUGAAUGAAUGACUUGCUAUUUAUUUAGCAGAUGCUUUUGAUGUAGCAAGAUGGCGCGUAAAUAUUGCCAAGAAUACACGCGCGUUAGUGUCAGGGCUACCCCCGGGCUGUUAUUUUACAUGCCUACGCAUUUUUGGGUGAAUGGUAGUUGAGCAGUGUGGCUGAGGCAAG